UAUUAAAUUAAAAGAUAUAUAUAAUAAAGAGAGAGAGGAAGUAAAAAUAUUAGUGAAUAAACAUUUUAUAAAAAAUUAAUAACAAACUAUUUUUAUACAAUUAAUUUUUAUUUUUCCCCAUAUUUAAUAUUAUAUUUAUUUUCCUCGUCCUUCUCUUUGUCCUUGAAAGUAAUAUUUAACAAUACAAAUGCAAGAAAAUGACUAAGAUGGUAUGAAAUAAGUGAGGAUAAAAAUGAUAAAAAGUAAAACAUAAGGGACUAAAUUAAAUUUUUUUAAAAAGCUUAGGGGGGCCUGCGCCUCGUCAGGUCCCCUCGGCUCCGGCAAUGAAACCAGGUUUACCACGGCCCAAUUCCUCAAUAUUGAGGGAGUUAGUGCGAUGGUGAGCGGUAAUAUAUUGGUUAAGCUUACCAACUAGACUCAGAGUUGUUACUUUUUAGGCGACUUUGGACCCAUUUCAAUAAAUCUCUGAUAUGUGAGAUUAAACCAUUUUGUGGGUUUUUCAGUUAAUGAAAAUCGGUUUCUUCCAAUUAUGAGGGGAAAAGGCCCUCUAGAGAAAGAUUAUUUAUCCAUUAACAUUCGAGGUUACAUCCUGAAGCUAAUCCAACCAAAGUGCUCCCUAAAAACUGAAGCAAAUACAACAAAACUAACAUUCGAAACACAUUUGCUUUUACACCGAAACCAUAGCAACUAGCAAACUAAAAUUGCUUCAAACCACAAAUUUUGGAGCACAAAGGAAAAAAAAAAAAAGAAAAAAGAAGAAAAAAAAAAGAAAACAAAAAAAUCAUGCUACAACGAACACGAUUUUUAUCAUGAUAGUAAUUUAAAAAAAAAAACAAAAACAUACAAGAAGACUUGAAAAAGGAAAACCUUGAGAUUGAAGCAAGAUGUCAAUGAUUUUUUUUUUUUUUUCCCAAACCAACAACAUAGACAUACAUAACAUUGCCCUGUUCCAGAUGCAGUCAUCUUAGCGCGCAUAAUAUUUUCACUUACCUUUUCGACAGGACAACCUAGUUAAGACUUAAUUUGCUUGUUCUGCUGGGCGGAAAUCAUUUCACUGUGAUUAAAGGAAAGAAAUAUACUUUAGCAAUACGAUGAAAAAUUUUCAGACCACAUACAAUAUAUAUAUUUUUUAUUUUUGUAUUCUACAGCUAUUUGUUGUGUCUUUUCUUUUUAAAUGUUCCUCCAAAGAAAAAUUAUUCCUGUAUAGACCAUGGAAAUCUGUAGGACAAUUAUUUUGUGCCACUACGCCACAUAUUUUCUUCCUCUGCAUUCUCUUUCAGUGAUUCAGGGCAACCCGUCCCUACUCUGCCCUGUUUCUAAUGUUUGGAAAAGUAGAGCUAAUAUUUCUCUUGAUCUGCUUUGUAUAAUUAACAAGUUUUCUUCCU